UGUUUGGGAGCUUUCUGCCUCUGUGGUCUGUUGCUGUGAUACACAAUGAGCACCUAAAGAAGCCAGAUGAGACUCUUGACCUUGAGAACCGUGGACUGGUGAAGCUGUUUGAGCUAUUUCAGACAUUGAAUAAACUACCAGUUCUCUUCCAUGUUGCCUAUAUCCUUAUCAAGUUUGCAAAUUCUCCUCGUCCAGAUCUCUGGAUCUUAGAAAGAUCAGUGGACUUUGGAAGAACUUACACUCCCUGGCAAUAUUUUGCUCACUCCAAAGCAGAUUGUUUGGAGCGUUUCAGAAAGGAAGCUAAUAUUCCAGUGAGGAGUGACAGCGAUGUCCUUUGCACCACAGAGUAUUCUCGCAUUCUACCUCUUGAAAACGGAGAGAUUGUAGUAUCUUUGGUAAAUGGCCGCCCAGGAGCAAAAAACUUCACUUAUUCCCCUAGUCUUCAAGAAUUCACAAAAGCAACAAACAUCCGCCUUCAUUUUCUCAGAACUAAUACACUUCUUGGCCACUUGAUAUCGAAAGCUCAACGAGACCCCACUGUAACCCGCAGAUAUUACUACAGUAUAAAGGACAUCAGUAUUGGUGGUCGAUGUGUUUGCCAUGGCCAUGCUGAAGAAUGUAAUGCAAAGAGUGCUGAAAACCAAUACCAGUUUCAGUGUGAAUGUCAGCAUAACACUUGUGGGAAAACCUGUGAUCGCUGCUGCCCUGGAUAUAAUCAGAAACAGUGGCAACCUGCAACGGCUGGGAGCACAAAUCUAUGCGAACCGUGCAAUUGCCAUGGUCAUGCCACUGAUUGCUACUAUGAUGCUGAGGUUGAUCAGCGUCGAGAAAGCUUAAACAUCCAUGGGCAUUAUGAAGGUGGAGGAGUCUGUAUUAACUGCCAGCAUAACACAGCUGGUAUUAACUGUGAAAAGUGUGCAAAAGGUUACUAUCGUCCUUACGGUGUUCCAGCAACAGCUCCUGACGGCUGUAUACCCUGCAGUUGUGUCUUGGAGCAUGCAGAGGGCUGUGAGGAAGGGUCUGGCCACUGCUUCUGUAAGCAGAAUUUCCAGGGAGAAAGCUGUGAACGCUGUGCUGAUGGAUUCUAUGGUUAUCCGUUUUGCGUCCGUAUUCCCGUACAUCAUUUUACUUCUCCAAAUCCAAGAGAUGCAGUGGCUGGUGACAUAAUCGAAUGUAACUGUGAUGCUGUUGGCUCAGUGGAGAAUACAUGUGGUCCUAAAGGUCAGUGUCUGUGCCAUAGUAACUACUCUGGACUUAGAUGUGACCGGUGCGCUCCAGGUUAUUACAGCUAUCCCAGCUGCUUGCCUUGUGAGUGCUCUCCUGAUGGUUCCAAGCACGGCACGUGUGAGCCAACGGUGGGGCAGUGCGAGUGUCAAACAGGCGUCACGGGGCGGCGGUGCGACAGAUGCCUUUCUACAGCUGGCAGUUUCCCCUACUGCAAAGGUGUCAGCAGUGAAUGUGACCCUUCAGGUAGCGUUGGUUCUCAUUCCGGCUAUUGUCAAUGUCUUCAGCACGUUGAAGGUCCUACCUGUAGUAAAUGCAAACCAUUGUACUGGAACCUGGCCAAAGAAAACCCUGAGGGAUGUACAGCAUGCCAGUGUGAUGUGACUGGAACACUAAGUGGAGUUGCAGAAUGUCAGCAGGACAAUGGGCAUUGUUACUGCAAAUCUAAUGUUUGUGGAGAUUCCUGUGACACUUGUGAACCUGGUUUUUAUGCUCUGGAAAACAAGAAUUAUUUCGGCUGCCGAGGCUGUCAGUGUGAUGUUGGAGGAUCCAUCAGCCCAGCGUGUACGGAGCCCUCGGGUGGCUGCCAGUGCAGGGCGCACGUCGUGGGGACAGCCUGUCGGGAGCCUGAAAAAAACUAUUUUUUCCCUGAUCUGCACCACAUGAAGUUUGAGAUUGAAGAUGGUACUACUGUCAAGGGAAGGGAAAUUCGGUUUGGCUAUGAUCCUCAGGAAUUUCCUGGCUUCAGUUGGAGAGGAUAUGCCCAGAUGUCCUCUAUACAAAAUGAAGUGAGGAUAACUUUGAAUGUGGAAAAAUCAGACCUCUACUUAUUUCGCAUUAUCCUGAGGUAUAUUAACCCUGGAGGUGAAACAUUAUCUGGUCGCAUAUCUGCUUGUCAAUCUCAGCCUGAAACAGGGACUGCUCAGAGCAAAGAGUUUGUUUUCCUACCCAGCAAGGAGCCAGCUUUUGUCACAAUCCCAGGAAAAAGCUCCGCAGAGCCUUUCUCACUGGUUCCAGGCACGUGGACUGUCAGCAUAAUGGCAGAGGAAGUCCUCUUGGAUUAUAUGGUGCUGUUACCGAGUGACUACUAUGAAGCAUCCAUCUUGCAGAUACAAGUUACAGAGCCUUGCACCUAUUCAGGACGUGCUUCAACAGAACACUGCUUGCUGUAUCAGCAUUUACCAUUGGAAAGGUUUUCCUGUGUCCUUGGUUCAGAGGCAGCGUAUUUCAGACAUGGGGGAGAGUACAGAAGAAUCCCUGUGCGACAGCCAACUCCUGAUCAACCAGUGAUGACCCAUAUCAGCGGAAGAGAGGUCAAUUUACAGAUGACCAUAAACGUACCUCAAGUCGGUCGCUAUGUUCUGGUUUUUGAAUACGCCAAUGAAGACGAUAGGUUAUACACUGCCGAGGUAAUAAUACAUAGCCCUGGACCUGUCACUGAAGGCAGAGUGAGAAUAUAUAGUUGUCAAUACAGUUUCCUUUGUCGCAGCGUUGUAGUUGAUGACAGGAAUCGCAUUGCAGUCUAUGACCUUCUAGCAGAUACAAAGAUACAUCUUAAGGCAUCAUCAAUUAAUUUUCUUCUGCACAAGGUUUGUAUUAUAUCAGCUGAAGAAUUUUCUCCAGAAUAUGUGGAUCCUAAAGUACAGUGCAUAGCUGCUUACAGGAGUACCCCUGAUAGAAGUGCAACAUGCGUUCCCUCAGUGUAUGAAACACCACCAGCAACUUUGGUUUUAGAUGCGUUUAAGGAUGGGGAAAUUUCUGAAGUACGGAGAAAUAUACUCUAUGAUCCACUGAGUGCCCCUUUACCGUCUGAAUCAGUUAAUGGAGUCACCUUGACACCGUUACAGAACCAGAUUACAUUGGGUGGCAGAGUGCCCCACUUGGGCAGAUAUGUGUUUGUGAUACAUUUUUAUCAGCCAGCACACCCGGCGUUCCCUGUGCAAGUGCGUGUGGAUGCAGGACGUGUGUGGUCAGGUUCCUUCAAUGCUUCAUUCUGCCCUCAUACCUCUGGCUGUCGGGAUCAGGUGAUUGCAGAAAACCAAAUUGAGCUUGACAUUUCUGAACCUGAGGUCUCUGUUACAGUGAUGAUACCUGAUGGAAGAGUGCUGGUUCUGGAAAAUGUCUUAGUUGUUCCAGCAGACACCUACAGUUACAAAAUUCUUGACAAAAAGACAGUGGACAAGUCAUUUGAUUUUAUCAGCCAAUGUGGAGGAAACAGUUUUUAUAUUGACCCAGAAGAAUCAUCGGCCUUCUGUAAGGACUCUGUAAGGUCACUAGUGGCUUUCUACAACAACGGAGCCCUGCCAUGUAAUUGCCAUAGCGCAGGUGCCAUGAGUCCUACUUGCAGCCCCCUGGGAGGACAGUGUGUUUGCAGACCUAAUGUCAUCGGUCGUCAGUGCAGCCGAUGCCAAACUGGCUACUAUGGAUUCCCAUUCUGCAAGUUAUGCAACUGCGGGCAGCGUCUUUGUGAUGACAUGACUGGUAAAUGCAUUUGCCCUCCGCAAACUGUGAAACCAAAAUGUGAAGUGUGUGAGAAACAUUACUUCAGCUAUCACCCUCUUGCUGGCUGCAAGAGCUGCAACUGUUCAGAAAGAGGAGUCGUCAGUAUGGCAAGCCCAGAAUGUGAAAAAACCAACGGGCAAUGCAAAUGCAAACCAGGAAUAAAAGGACGGCAGUGUGAUCAGUGUGCUCCGGGUACUUACGGUUUCCCAAACUGCGUGCCGUGUAACUGUAACAGAGAUGGAACAGAACCAGAUGUUUGCGAUCCCCAGACAGGAGUUUGUCUCUGCAAGGAGAAUGUUGAAGGUACAGAAUGUGACACUUGCCGACCAGGAUCCUUUUAUCUGGACCCUUCUAAUCCCAAGGGAUGCACCUCUUGCUUUUGUUUUGGGGCAACCAGCAACUGCCGCAGCACAGAUCGUCGUAGAACCAAGUUUGUGGACAUGAGGAACUGGCGCUUGGAGGCGGUGGAUGAAAAUAUUGACAUUCCAGUCACUUUCAAUCCAGUCAGUAAUAGUGUAGUUGCUGAUGUUCAAGAAUUGCCUACUUCAGUGCAUAGUUUGUACUGGAAAGCACCACCGUCUUACCUGGGAGAGAAGCUUUCUUCAUAUGGUGGCUUCCUAAGUUACCAAGUGAAAUCUUUUGGCUUACCUAGUGAAGGCAUGGUUCUUCUGGAUAAGAGACCUGAUAUACAACUAACAGGCCAGCAAAUGAAAAUUGUUUAUAUGGAUCCCAACAACCCACUGCCUGACCGUCAAUAUUAUGGCCGUGUGCAACUAGUUGAGGGAAACUUCAGGCAUGCCAGCAACAAUAACCUUGUAUCCCGAGAAGAACUGAUGAUAAUCCUGUCUAGACUAGAUGGCUUACACAUCAGAGCCCUUUACUUCACGGAGACUCAGCGAUUAACCCUUGGUGAGGUUGGGCUGGAAGAAGCCACCAGCGCAGGAAGCGGCAGCAUUGCGUACAGUGUAGAGACAUGCUCCUGCCCUCCGGAGUACGCUGGUGACUCAUGUCAGGAAUGUGGCCUUGGAUAUUAUCGUGAGAAUAAAGGAGUAUUUAAUGGACACUGUGUCCCCUGCAACUGCAAUGGAAAUUCAAAUAGGUGUCAAGAUGGUACUGGAAAAUGUAUUAACUGUCAGUAUAAUACUGCUGGGGAGAAAUGCGAGCGCUGUAAAGAUGGUUAUUUUGGAGAUGCCACUCAAGGUUCCUGUCGGGUGUGUCCUUGCCCUUAUACAAACAGAUUUGCAACUGGCUGUGUGGCAAAUGGUGAAGAAAUUCAGUGUAUCUGCAAAGAAGGCUAUACCGGCAUUCGUUGUGAACGCUGCGCUCCAGGAUAUUUUGGAAAUCCACAAAAAUAUGGAGGCUACUGUCAGAAAUGUAAUUGUAAUAAUAAUGGACAGCUGGCUAGCUGUGACCACCUGACUGGAGAAUGUUUCAAUAACGAACCAAAAGAUGUGGAUCCCAAUGAAGAUUGUGACCCUUGUGAUAGCUGUGUAAUUACACUGCUGAAGGAUCUGAGCACAAUAGGUGACGAGCUUCAGCUGAUUAAGUCUCAGCUGCAAAACGUCCAUGCAAGUACCCACACACUGGAGCAGCUGAGACAUCUGGAAACACGCAUCAAGGACUUAAAGGUCUUAUUGAACAAUUACCGUUCUGUUGUUCGUAAUCAGGGUUCAAAGGUAGACGAGUUGGAGACAGAAUUCAUUAACCUAAAUCAUGAUGUAAAUGCUCUCCAGGAAAAGGCUGAAAUGAACUAUAAAGCAGCUGAGAUAUUAUUUAAUAAUUUUGGCCAAACUCAUCAGAAAGGAAAGGAUUUGGUUUCACAAAUACAAAUAGUUGUUAACAAUAUACAAGUGCUUUUGGAACAAAUAGAUGGUACAAAUGCAGAAGGUAACAACUUGCCCUUGGGAGAUGCUGCCAAGGAACUGGCUGAAGCUCAACGCAUGAUGACGGAGAUGCGAAACCGCAACUUUGGCCAGCUUCAAGCAGAGGCGGAGAAGGAGAGAACAGCAGCUCAGCUGCUACUGGCACGUAUUAAGAAUGAGCUACAAAAGUACCACCGAGAAAAUCAUGGGCUUAUUAAAAUUGUGAGAGAUUCAUUGAAUGAAUAUGAAUCCAAAAUCACUGACCUUCGUGAAGCUCUGAAUGAGGCAACAGGACAAAUCAAGCAGGCUGAAAACUUAAACAGAGAUAAUGGAGUUCUGUUGGAAGACAUUAAGAAACGGAUUGAGGAGACAAAUAUACAACAGAAUGGUAUCUUGGAUAUUCUGAGCUCUGCUCGAUCUUCUCUGGCACAAGCUAACAGUGUACUUGGAUUAUUGCAAAAGAGCAAAGAGGAAUAUGAAAGCCUGGCUGCUCAGCUGGAUGGAGCAAGGAGGGAUAUGAAGGAAAAGCUGACAAAUCAGUCCUUGUCAGCAAGCAAAGAACCAUUGGUGGUGAGGGCUGAGGAACAUGCCAAAUCUUUGCAAGACUUGGCAAAACAACUGGAAGAAAUAAAGAACAGCGCCAGGAAGGACGAGUUGGUAGGCUGUGCUGUGGAAGCUUCUACUGCCUAUGACAGUAUUAUUAAUGCCGUCAAAGCGGCAGAGGAAGCAGCCAACAAAGCUGGGAAUGCAGCUGAUUCAGCUUUAUCGACUGUGAAGAGAGAAGACCUAUCAGGAAAAGCUGCAAAGUUAAAAACCGAGAGCAGUACACUCUUGAAUCAAGCACAGGAGACUGAAAGGACAUUGAAAGCUAUUGGUCCAACCCUUGAAGACCUAAAGCAAAGACUUGAUGUCGCUGAUGCAAAGAAGAAUACACUGCAAAUUGAUCUUGUCACUCUUCAAAAUAAUCUCAAUGGGAUAAACAGAGAUGACAUUGACAGCAUCAUCACCAAUGCAAACAACAUGGCAAAAAGUGCCGAGGAUGUCACAGAUAAUAUAUUAGAUGAACUGCUCCCAAUUCAAGUAGAUGUGGACAACAUGAAGAAUACCUAUGGAAACACACAGAGUGCUGGCUUCAGUAAAGCGUUGCUGGAGGCGAAUAAUUCAGUAAAAAAAUUGACAAACAAACUUCCAGAUCUGUUCAGCAAGAUCAAGAGUAUCAACCAACAGCUGAUGCCAAUAAGCAACAUCUCUGAGAAUGUAAAUCGCAUAAGAGAGCUGAUUCAGCAGGCAAGAGAUGCUGCAAAUAAGGUUGCUAUUCCUAUGAGGUUUAAUGGCAGCUCUGGUGUAGAGGUUCGACCUCCAAGCAACCUUGAAGAUCUGAAAGGCUAUACUUCACUUUCUUUCUUUCUCCAAAAACCUCGGACACAAGACGACACCCAGAGGACAUCAAAUAAUUUUGUACUGUACCUGGGUAAUAAAGAUGCUUCCAAGGACUAUAUUGGUAUGGCUGUGAAAGAUGGUCACCUCACUUGUGUCUACAACCUGGGAGGUGGCGAUGUAGAAUUAGAUAUGCAGCCAUUUGUGACUCAAAGCGAAACUGAGGAAGCCAUUAUGGAUCAAGUUAAAUUUGAAAGGAUUUACCAGUAUGUAAAGCUGAAUUACAUUGAAGCAGCAACAUCAAAUUCUCCAAAGCGUGAAAAUACUUUGACUGCAGGCGGUGGAACCAAUUACACUCUCCUAAAUCUUGAUCCCAACACUGUUGUCUUUUAUGUUGGAGGAUACCCACCAGAUUUUAGGCCUCCACGUAAGCUAGACCAUCCUCAUUAUGAAGGCUGCAUUGAAUUAGACAACCUAAACGAGCAUGUUAUCAGCCUUUACAACUUCAAGAGGACAUUUAAUCUCAAUACCACUGAAGUACAACCCUGCAGAAGGUAUAAAGAAGAGACUGACCAAAGCUAUUUUGAAGGCACUGGUUAUGCCAGUGUCACAUUGAAAGAACAAAAUGCCCAUGACCAAGUACGCUACGAGCAGACAAUUGAGACUACUGCAGAUGAAGGCAUUGUGUUUUUUGCAGCAAAUGGGGACCAGUUCAUCAGUGUGCUCAUUAAAGAUGGUCAUACGGUUUUUAGAUACAAAGUUGACUCUGAGCCUCCAAAAGAAAUUGAAAACAAGAUAACUAUAAAUGAUGGAACAUAUAAACAAAUUCAUUUGGUGCUUGCCCGAAAAAAGAACACUGUUCAUGUCAGUCCUGAUAUUAAAGCCAACAUAACUGUCUUCCCUUUCACUACAUAUUACCUAGGUGGAAUUCCACCUUCUCUACGGGAACGCUUCAAUAUAUCCACACCUCCAUUCCGGGGCUGCAUGAAGAAUGUGAAAAACCCCAACACUGCAUCUGUUAUUUUUGACAAGACUGUUGGUGUCAGCAAGAAAUGUUCAGAUGACUGGAAGCUUGUCAGAUCUGCAGCUUUCUCCAAGAAGGGAACACUGAGCCUGAGUGCAGUGGGUUUCCCAUUUCCUGACGAUUUCCAAGUUGGCUUUGGCUUUCAGACCAUGGCAUUGACUGGAACACUCUUAAAUUACGAUCUAUCGCCUAAUAUUCUUACCAUCUUUCUGACACCUGGCGUUUUAAUUGCAAAGAUGGGAGAGACAGAAAUUGAAGUGAAAAAUAAAUACGAAGAUGGGUCAAUGCAUUAUGUGACUGUAAUAAAAAUACAAAACAAAGUGUAUCUGCUGGUUGAUAAUAAUGUGAUGUCAGCAUUGGUUAAUUCUUCAAAAACACAGGCAUUAAUCAAACCCAUAAAAUUUGGUGGAGAAGAUUUUGAAGGUUGCAUCUCAAACAUCUUCAUAAAAAGGGCAGGUCAGCUCCCUGAGGUUCAAAAUCUUGUUGAUUAUACUGCAAAGACUGGUGUGUCCCUCGGAGCUUGCCACAAAUACGAGAACCUUCAACCACUGCUGUUGAAAGAAUUUAAAAAUCCUCUCAGGUUUAAGAUGCUCAAGAGUGAAAAAUACCUUGAUUAUUUGAAAGCCUCUAAUGUGCAAAACCAGCAAAACCACACUUCACCAACUUGGUUAAAUGUCAGCAGUGAAGCGUAUCUCCUUGGAAACACACCCAACAGUUUCAUGUCCUACAUGUUUUCUCCACCAUCAUCUACAGACAGGUUACAUUUUUCUGUAGAUGUACGGACUCGAUCAUCAAGAGGGUUAAUAGUUUUCAUGGAGGAAAAGUCUGAGGACUCUUAUAUGGCUCUCCACAUUUCAAAAGGACGUUUUGUCUUUUCACUUGGCUCUGGAGGAAAACGAAUCAAAAUCAAAACCAGUAUUAAAUACAAUGAUGGGCAAUGGCACACUGUGGUCUUCAGCACAGAUGGGAAGAAUGUCCACCUUGUUGUUGAUGGUCUAAGGGCCCAGCACGGAAGAUUAGCAACAAAUUCUGCCAUCAGCAUUAAGCCACCAAUCUAUGUGGGAGGGCUGCCAUCACUGAAAGGACAGAAUAUACCAACGAACAGUUUCAAGGGUUGCCUGAGGAAUUUUAAGAUGAAUGGAAAAGUCAUGAAUGCACCUCAGAAAAAAAAUGGCGUACUUCCAUGUCUGGAUGUUCCCAUGGACACAGGGAUUUAUUUCUUUAAUGAGGGAGGAUAUAUCACCAUUGGUAAUUUGCUGAUGGGCUUGGAUUUUAAGAUUGUAUUUACUGUUCGACCAAGGACUUCAACAGGUAUACUCCUCCAUGCUGGAAGCAAGGAAAACAACUACUUCACUAUUUACAUGGAAGGAGGAAAG